AUGGCUCCUAUCCGUGUCGCAAUUAUAGGCCUUUCGGCCAACUCAACAACCUCAUGGGCUGCAGAAGCACACCUGCCGUAUCUCCUCCUCCCCCGUGCCAGGGAGCACUACGAAAUCGUCGCCCUCCUCAACUCCAGCGUCCAAGCCGCAGAGGCGGCCCGGGCUCACUUCAAACUCCCCUCCUCCGUAAGGGCUCACGGCGAUCCGACCGCAUUGGCAGCGGACGAGGGCGUCGACCUCGUCGUCUGCUGCACGCGCGUUGACACCCAUGCCGCCCUCGUGAGGCCCUCCCUUGAAGCGGGCAAGGCCGUGUUUGUCGAAUGGCCCAUUGCGUCUGGGUACGCCAGCGCGCUUACCCUAGCCGACCUCCCAGGGUCAGCGAGGAGUAUCGUGGGCCUCCAGGGCCGCGUAUGCCCGCCCGUCUUGAAGCUCAAGGAGCUGAUCGGAUCGGGGCGCGUGGGCCGUGUGCUGAGCAGCGAGGCGCGCGUCUUUGCCAAUAUCCUGUCGCGCGACUCCCUAUCUGAAGGGCUGUCAUACUUCGCGAACCGCAGCGUCGGCGGUAGCCCAUUGACCAUCACGUUCGGUCACGUCAUCGACUUUGUGCACGAUGUGUUGGGUGAGUGGGACAGCGGCAAGCCCGCCAGCACGAUGCAGAUCCAGCGGCCGCGGAUUCAUAUCCGGGACGCUCAUAGCGCUACGGUCAGAACGGUAGAGUCUGACGUGCCGGAUUUCCUUGCGAUUCAUGGGAAGCUUGCUCCCGGGAGGAGGAAUGUCGUGGAUGGGGCAUCACUCGCCAUCAACUUUAGGCUCGGUCCGCCUUUCAAGGGACAGCCGGCCUUCGUUUGGAGCAUCAACGGUGAGAAGGGGGAAAUACUGCUGACGAGCCCCUCCGGACCGUACAUCUUCUCCGGGGACUCAUAUCGUGAGCCCGUCCAGAUCCAGGUUCACGACCACGAGACUGAUGAGGUUGUGGAUGUGGAGGCGAAGUGGGAAGAUUGGCAGCAGGAAAUACCUCUGCGGGCGAGGAGCACUGGCGAGAUUUACGAGCGGUUCGCCAAAUGGUGGGACAACGGAGCUUCCGGGGGGGCUGGUGGGUUGCCAGAGGCAGAGACUCUUCCCAGCCUUGCGCAAUCUUUAGAGAGGAUGAAGGAGUUUGACGAGCUUUUGAAGACAUUGGAGUGA